UUAGCGGCGUCUCUACUCUCAAGUCUCAAGCUCCCACCAGGCUCUCCGCCGCCUGUCGCCAUGGCUUCCGUCGCCAACAUUUCCACAAUCUCCCACCUCCGCCCCUCUCCUCAUACCUUCUCCGUGCCCGCAAUGGGCUCGCUGCCCUUCCUCCGCCGCCGAAUGCGCUCCCGGCCCGUCGCCGCCGUCCAGCAGGAUGCGGCCGUCUGGACCCCUGCUCCCGUCUCCUCCUCCGGCCCGGCCUCCGCCGACGGCUCGCUCGUCCACUUCUCCGUGGACCUCUCCGACGCCGCCGACCUCGCCGCGUCCUUCGCCGCGCCGGGGCAAUACCUCCUGAUCCGCGUCCCCGGCGAGGACGAGCUCAAGCCGGCGUUCAUGGCCAUCGCCUCGCCACCCGGGGGUGCCGGGUUCGAGUUCUUGGUCAAGACCGUGCCUGGCACCACGGCGGAGAAGCUUUGCGGACUCCGCGACGGGGACGUGGUGGAGCUUGGCGCAAUCAUGGGCAAUGGGUUCCCCAUCAACAGGAUAAAUCCACCAGAUGAGGCGCAAACUGUGCUCCUCUUUGCUACAGGGACCGGGAUCAGCCCAAUUCGUUCCCUUAUUGAGUAUGGUUUUGGUGUGGAUCAAAGAGCUGAUGUGCGACUUUAUUAUGGUGCCAGAAAUAUCCAAACAAUGGCAUAUCAGGAUAAGUUUAAAAACUGGGAGUCAACUGGCCUUAAAGUAAUCCCAGUAUUAUCACGAGCAGAUGAUAGUUGGAAAGGUGAACAGGGAUAUGUCCAGCAUGCUUUCUUGAAAGCCCAGAACAUUGCAAAUCAUUUUUCUACUGGGGUGGUGCUGUGUGGACAAAAACAAAUGACUCAGGAGAUCACAUCAGCCCUUGUAGGAGAUGGUGUAUCACCUGAUAAGAUUUUGACCAACUAUUAGCAAGGAUUGACGGGCCUCCUGUAAAGUUCAGUGCUUUGUUUGGGCUCAGAAUGUUCUUUUUUCUGUCGUAUUUUAGCUGUUCUGAUCCAAUGGUUUUGAUAAAUCUCAGUACAUGUAUAAUAUAUUUAUACAUUAUAAUCAUUGUUCAGAUUAUAGCCACUUUUUCAGACCAUGGGAAGCAUUCAGCUCCAGGCUUGUUUGCA